AACGGUUGAGGUUUCCUUCGGACCUCCAGAAGUAAACUGGUGAAAAUGCGGCUUUAAACCCGCCAAAAAAGGUGCAAAAAGCUGUUUGCAAAGCACAUUUUUAUGUGUAUGUGUAUAAGGAAAGGAAAUAAGGAAAUAAAAUAAGGAAAGGAAAUUUAGAAAUUUAUUGGUUGAAACAACCUAUGUAACAAAAGUUAUAUGGUACCAAUAAAAAAACAUCUAGAUCUACAUCUAGGAUGGUAAGCCUGUGGCCAGGUUACACAGUUUUUAAAUGACCGGCGAUAAAAAACGAAAACAACGCGAAAUAUCUCUGUGGAAAAAAGAAAAAAAUAUGUGCAGCACCAGUAAUACCAAACACCGCCUUCAAAGCACCCUAGAAUACAUGUCUACGGCACUAUACUAUGCUUUAACCUGUACCGGCGCUAUACACAUCACAAGCGCUGCCUUCCUACUCCUGCUAUUCACCCGUCUGUGGUUUCUUGUGGCUCUGUAUCUUUUAUGGGCAGUCUAUGACUGGAAUACACAGAAGAAGGGAGGCCGUAAAUUUGGGAAUGACUUUAUGAGGGGACUACCAGUAUUUAGAUACAUGCGAGAUUACUACCCAAUUACACUAGAAAAAACAGCUGGUCUUGAUCCUAAAAGAAACUAUAUAUUCGGCUACCAUCCCCAUGGGUAUAUUCUUGAAGGAGCGGUUGUGGGGAUGGUGUCAGAUGCCUGUGGAUUUAGGGAUUUGUUCCCAGGAAUAACACCACACAUGACAGCCCAUUCUAGUAUACUGCACUCCUUUCUUUUCCGAGAGAUCCUUCUAAGUCUUGGCUUUGUUGAUGUUGCAAGGGAGUCCCUAGAGUGUGCUCUGACUCAUCUAGGGCCAGGUCAUUCUGUCAUAGUCGUAGUGGGAGGAGCCGCUGAGGUGAUGAAUGCCAAGGAAGGAUUGUAUGCACUUACCCUAAAGAACCGGAAAGGAUUCGCAAAACUGGCACUUGAGACAGGAUCCCCACUGGUUCCAGUGAUUGCUUUUGGACAGAACGAUGUCAUGUCUCAACUGUUUAACACCAUGGGUUCCAGGUUUUGGCACUUCAAUUUAUGGCUACGUAAAAUGGGGCGCAAGUAUCUUGGUGUCACUCUCUCUUCUAUAGUGCUGAUCCAUGGACGCUUUGGAAUAUUGAUGCCAUAUAGAACACCAGUAAAUAUUGUUGUUGGCAGACCAAUCCCAGUGUCCAAGAUAGCACAGCCAUCUCAAAAAGAGGUUGAUGCCUUGCACAGCAGAUAUCUUAGAGACCUACGUGAGCUGUUUGACAAUCACAAAAGCCAAUACAAUGUACCUAAAGGCACAGAGCUGCUCUAUUUAUGAACCUUUCAGAUAAGAAAUAAUGUGUGUUUCAAUUGAAUAUAUUAUUUUUUUUCCAGCUGUAAAUACUGACAAACAUAUUUUUAAAUAAAACAGAAAAAUAA